AUGCGCGCCGUGGCGCACGAGGCCGGCCUGCCGUACGCGGCCACGCCCGGCGCACUGGUCGGCGUGGUCCAGGUGCACCACGCGCUGCGCAGCGAGCGACUGCUGGCGCCGGACGAGGCCGUAUGGGACGACCUUCAGACGUUGUGGACGCUGCAGGGCGACGCGUCCUUCUUCGUCGGCGACCUGCCUACGACGAAGAAUGGCUAUUUCGAAAACCACAGAGCAUCGGCACAGGAGCUCGACAUGGCCCUCGCCGAGCGCUACACCGACAGCCGCGAGCACCUUCAGACCGAGUACAAGUCGGUGGUUGAGGAGGCCAAGGUGCGGCACGCGGCGCUCCUGCCCGCCGGCCUGGUGCGCGCCGUUGCCGAGGCCGUGGAGCACGAGCGGCCGGGGCUCUGCUUCGACUUCUUCACCAUACAGAACGAGGCGUGGCUGUUUCUGGAGCGGCUGCUGACGGCCAUCCUCGAACUCCCCGACGGACCCUCGACACUCCGCGACGACGGCCGGAUGCUGCCGUUCGUGUCGGGCACGGUGCCGGCGAGUGACGCGCUGCUGCACGUCGCCACCGAGGUGACGCGGACGUUCGUGAGCGAGGGCCACGGUCGGCGCAUGCGGGACCGAAAGCGCGGGACGUGGCCGAAAGUGAGGGCGCAUCGCGGUGGACGUUUUGGCGGAGAAGAAGACGCGGACAUGAACAUUCUGCAGCUGCUGCUGCAAGCAGCGGAAUUGAAGUCCAGCGAGAGGGGCGGUGACGCCUCACUGCAGGCGCUGCAGAACAUGCUUCGGAUGCUUGGCCAGAACUGA